AUGGACUCAUUUUCUCGAAACAUCCGUACAAGUAGUGUUGCCUCCGGAAAUGUUCCUAUGCAUGAACCAUUAUCAACGUUCGCGUCAUCUCGGUCAUCAUCACUGUCUUUUUCUAGUUGGGGAAUUCACUAUAAAACAAUUCAUGAACCUGAAGUUAAAGGUGUCUGGGAUGGAUAUCAAACACAAGAAGAAUUCAUGGUGAUGCAUCUUCGUUAA